AUGUCUCUCAACAGACAAAGACCUCGCACUCGUGUAAAUAGCAGAGCAAACACUUUACCGCUAUUGUCCAACAUCACAAUGAGUACUGGUACCACAAGCGCCACUGCGACUACAAUGGAUACCUCGAACAGUGCCUUUUUACCUUCCAUAGAAGAAUCACUGCAAGAUUGGCUGUCGAGGAGCAUACCCGACACACCGUCUUCCUCCGUUUCUUGGCUACUGGAUACUUGUAGGUGCUGCAAUCACAGCGAUUGCGAAAACUUGGAAACGAUAUCAAGCACGAUUCGAAAGCUGGAAAAUGAUGCUCGUUUAGCGGCAGUAAUAGGACAAAGCUUACUACAAAAACAUGAGCAGUUUGCCGCUGAGUCCAAUGACAUGAAGCAGCAGCUUGAACAGCAAGUGGAUCUAUUGCAAGACAAGAUACGUGAAUUGGGGCAGUCGCUGAUCGAGUCUGAUACUUGCAAACAGGAAUACCUGCAGGAAAAGAACAAAGCGACAUGGGAAUGCCAGAAACUACAAAAAGCAUUAGAUGAAACAACUUCAGAUUUGGAUAUAUGCAACAACAGAUGUCUGCAACUCGGAUCAGAGCUCAAAGUGAAGAAUAAUGAAGCCGAGAAGCUGAGGAUUUUCAAGUUUAUGGCAAGGCAGGCAGACAUACGCGAAGACACACUAAGAGCAAAGCUGGAAGAUGUAAAGCAGGAGCUGGCGAUAUCGAGAAAAGCAGAACUCACAUUGGAAUCUAAACACAAGAAACUAAGGACAAAGUAUGAAUCCAUGUGCUUCUCCUAUGAGAAACUAAAGCUGGAUCAGCAAGAGAUGGGAAUUACGCCGAAUCAUCAGCUGGAUUUAGUGUGGCUAAGAGAGUCAAAUGAGAAGCUACGAAAAGAUGUACUCAAGCUUACUUCUGCCCUGCUAUCGCCCACUGCAUCUGAUCUGCAAAUGACCAACCAUAACCAGCUCAUUGACUUGAUCAAAGAGUUAGCAUCUGCCAACAACAAGCUGAAAUCAGAUUUACUCGACUGCAAUGAUUUGCUCUUGGAAUGUAGAAGCGACCUCUAUGCCAAACAGGACGCUCAUAUGCAGCAUGACGAUGGUAGCUAUAAUGAUGAAAAUUGCGACAGACUCAGUACAUCUGCGCCCCAGAAAUCAUCUACCAUAUUGGACGCACUACCGAGAUUGCCAAGGCAUCAACAAAAAGAUGAAACAGGUACCGCAUCUGUCUCACAAGAGGCAUCAGCUCCCAUUGUACACCACCACUAUCAUUAUUAUAUGCGAAAUAAGCUAUUGGCUGAGAAAGGGAAAAAUAAAACUGCUGUUGCUACAGCAACAACAAAACUAAAGGCAGAUCAGACUAUGCCAAAGGCGACACUUUCAUCGUCCUCGCUAUCAAAGAUUGACACAAGCUCCCCGUUCAAGCAACUGUACAGUCAGGUUUUCAAUGUACUGCAGCGAUUGCAACAAACCGACAUUAGAGCAUUAAAUAGACGAUUGAGGCGGGCAUUCGAUAUCCUUGAACUGAGCAGCAUGAGCAACUCCAUCAUUGAGAAUAUCGUUACAGACGUGGAUGGUUUCAGAACAAGGUUUUUAUGGAUCGAAGAUUCAUCGCUGGUGAAACAAGAGACAUGGAUUCAUGAUGUAUCCAUGUUGGAGUUCUUUCCAAUCAUAGGGCUGGUGCAGGAGAUGUUAAAGGAGAUUGGUCAGCUUAGAACUACCAUGAAUGAUCUACAAGUAGAGUACGUCAAGAAGGUGGAAGAGAGUGACAUUCGCUUAGAAGAAGAGGUUCUGAGAAAACAACAACAACAACAACAACAACAACAACAACAGCAGCAGGAACAGCAACAACAACAAAUUGCACACAAAGAACAAAGCAAGACGUCAAGUGCUCUCUCCUGGCUAUCCAAUGUAUUUCAACGCUCACCAACACCUACACCCAAAGAGAGAAAAACAAUGCAACCAAUGGCAUCUCACAGUUCUUUGCAUGCACGAUUCAUGGCAUCCAAUAUAAGCGAUGUGAGUGUACAUUCCACAUCCAUUCAUCCCUUGUCAAAGCCAAAAAUGAUUCCAUGUCCAUCCAACUCAAACACCACAGCAACAAUAGAGAGAUCGUCCAACAAAAUUGCCAUUCGUCGUCAAAAGAGCGACAUUGAUCGAUACGGACCACCAUCUAGCUUUCCUACUCGAUCGUCAGCUGUUGCGAUUGGUAAUGAAAAGUUCAAGCGUCGAUCCACAAACACAACAGUAGCCGUACCCUCAUCUGUCAGCUUUUCUUCGUCACCCAAUAGCAAUCAUCUAUAUCUUCACAGUAGUAUCAGUAGCACUGGCAGUAAUUCAGCCAAAGUAACCAUCCCACUCAGAGCAUCACAGAGUGCUGGUACAGUCAGAAAAUCGCAAUCUAUGCAAGCACCAGCUUUGGAAUACGUAGUUAGAAGGAAAAGAUCCACAUUAGGCUUAAGUUCAUCGUCCUCCAAUGACUAUGAUCUACCUCAAAGUACAUCGUCUGAAAUGACAGGCGCAUUUACUACGACAAGUUGGUUGGGAAAUAAAUGA